AUGUCUGCGAAUCUACAAACUAGGCUAGAUGCCUCGCUAAAUGAGAUCUUAAAAACAUCUGGAUAUAUCUUUGAGAUAAUCAACAAUAACAAAAAGCAAAGCAAUUUAAUAACUGGUCCUAAUAAUCAACUAAUCCAGCCAUUUGUAAUCCAACAACUUAAUAACCAAAUAGGCAAAUUUGAUGAAAUAUUGGAUGAGACAGUAUCAAAAUUUAAUGACGCCAAAUGGUGUGUUGCCACGAUGGUUGAGAAUAAACAGAAGCAAGAAGAAUUGAAGUUGAAAGAAGAAAUGGAAAGACAAAAGAGAGAAGCAGAGGCUAAACGGUUGAAAGAAGAGAUGGAAGCUAAGAGAAAAGCCGAAGAGGAAGCAGCGGCAGCUGCUGCUAAAGAAAAGGCUGAACGUGAGGCCAGAUUGAAAAAGGAACAAGAAGAAAAAGAAGAGAUGUUAAGACAACAGAAACUUAAAGAAGAAGAAGAAGCAAAGAAGAAGAAGCAACAAGAGGAGGCUGAAGCAGCAAGAUUGAAACAAGAACAACAGAAGCAACAAGAGCAACAACAACAACAACAGCAGCAACAACAACAACAGCAAGAUUUUGAUAAUUUUGAUGAGUUUAUCGGAUUUGAUAUUAACGAUAUGCCUAAUGAUAAUGAUGCUCUUGGAAAUGGUAAAUUAGACGACGAUUUACUUGCAGACAUCAAUUACGAUGACUUGAAUUUAGAUGUUCCUAUGGAUGAUGUUACCAAUACUAAUAAUAACAAUGAUAAUAAUGCCAAAAAUAACAACGGAAGCACGGGCAAUUUAAAUAAUAGUCAGGACACUACCGAUAAACUACAAAAUAAAGACAUGAACGAUAAUAUGGACCUAGACAUGAAUAAUCUUUUAGGUAAUGAUGAACUGAUAUUAGAUGGAUUAAACAUGAGUCUAUUAGAUGGUGGAUUAGAGGAAGAGGCGAAUGCUAACAACAAUAACCAAUUGAAUGAUGAAUUUGAUGUGGAUAAUUUCUUGAACCAGUUUGGUAAUUAA